GCCGUCCCUAACUUACCUCAGGAUUCUCUUUACUUCCUUCCAUUUGGUGGACGCUAUCGAUACAUAGACUGUAUACGAUGGAUAGUCCGGACGUCACGUAUUUCAGUUCCUUUUAUUCUAUGAAUUUACGGGUUGAAUAGAUUCCAGUAGGCUCCAAUACCCCCCAGAGAUCCCGGAAGAAGCAGACUCCUCGUCAUCCGCUCCGUCGUCAUCCGCUCCUAGGCUCGACCGUCCAGCAACAGCACCGCAAAGCCACAGUAAAAGACGCCACAAAAGCCUCCCGCGACAACGCCACCAUCGCGCAGUCCCAGCUUCGCAUUCCGAAAUUGAUCUCAUACAUGGCUUCGGGCGGACCGCUACCGACAACCUUCGUCGCGAUGUCCAGAUUCUCGACGCCUUUGAGCGACGUUUUGCAGCUCUGAGGACCCAGCUUGUCGAGGCGACGGCUUCCUUGUCGGCUCAUAAGCUGCAGCUGCAAAAUGCUAAGAUGGAGCUCCAGCGCGCGGAGGGCAUUAUCGCAGAUGUGGACCGCCAACGGAUCGACGCAGAAGUGCAAGCAGCCAAAGAUAGGGCCACUGCGAGAAGGCUUCUUAUGGAACGGAAGAUGGAGGAAGCGAAGGAGCAAGGUUACCAGGAGGGGUACGAGGAAGGCUUUGGAAUGGCUAGAUCGUUCCAGGAGAUCCGGUCUAGGAAACACUCGAAGAGGGAUAGAAGUGCUCCUGUCCCAACAAUACCCCCGAGCCGCGGCAGGACCGCAAAGUCACGUCUAUCCGUUUCCAUACUAGCAGACUAUGAAGAUCUGGAAGAGAAACUGAAGGUUCCUGUUUAUCCCAACCCGAUGGUCGCUGUCAUGCGAAGCGUUGCCUCGUCAUUUGCUGAUCCUCCUGAUUUCCAUUCCACACCUCGCGCGCGCCCUGAUCGACGUCCAGAGGUGCUUCCCUCAGCAGAACCAUCUCUAGCACCUUCUCAUACGAGAAGCUUAUCGCGCUUGAAUUCGGACGCAUACUUUCCUCCUCGUCCGGUCCCUGUAUCACCGGAAGUUAUUCGUCCGAUGCCCUCCCAAACAUACUCUCCUUCAGUGGUAUCCUCGCUCCCCCUUUUUGAUUCCCCUUCUCAGUCUAGGCAGCGAUACCUCGAACAACUCGAACAAUCGACUGCCGUGAUGGAUAAUACCUUUCCGGCACUGACACACAGUUCCAAAUUCAGCCCCCACAUCGAGGAUCACGGAGAGGACUCCAGAGCCUCGACACCCCUUUCGCAGUAUGCUAUGUUACGGCCGCCUGCGUCAGAGUCGGACAGGUUCCGGGGCCUAAAGCAGACCGAACGCAUGGCGGAUGAAUGGCGAAGCCAGAACCGUGAUAUUAUCUCCUCGUCAACUAAUCGAGGGAACGACACCCCGUCUCGUCCGAUGGAUUGGGAGUUUGUAUCGCCUGUUUCUGAGGCUUCAUAUCGUGCAUCUAGUUUAUAUCACCAGACUGAUCCCAGAAGCCAGCUCACGCUAGGAGAAGGCGACCAAUCUCCCGCACAGUCUCCGCCAAAGCGAUUAAAGUCACCCCUCGCCUGGCUGAGAAAACGCUUUCAAAGAUCUUACUCGAGCCCCGCAGGCGUCAAUAUCCAAGUUCAGCCUCCGUCCCAGUCUCCUUCAAAUCCGAGUGAUCAUACGACCUUCAAUCCAAGACUUCUUACAGCGGAAGAUCGACCAUUACCGGGUAUUCCUCCAGAACCCAUCGAAUUACCAGAUAAUCGACUACCUCCGGGUUUCGUACCAAUACUAGUGCAGGACGAUCGGUUUUCUCCCAUCCCUCAGGCCCCGAUGGAGCUGGCGCCGAUGCGAAGGCCAGUCACCCCUGGAGGAAGCACGUCUGAUGAUGCAAGCACACGAUCUGUGGCGUCAAGUUUAGGUAGAUUUGGUGCUUCAUUACACCGGCCCAUUUCUCUUUUCUCGGAUCCCUAAUGGACAUUCUCUCGGGACUUUUUUCUUUCUCUUUCUUUGCUUAGGCGGAACUGUAUUACUAGCUAUAGUCUCUUUUUUUGCGGAAUGGAAUCCUAUUUUAUGUCAAUUUGUUUGUUGAACUUCCCUGUACC